ACAGCGCAAAAAAAGAAUACUGGUAAUCGAAUUCCUAAUAAACGAAACUUUUAUUUUAUUAAUUACGAAAAUCUGUUAGUUUACACAUUAUAUUAGAUCAAGGUUUACACUGUAUAUUAGGUCAAGAAAGUAUACAAAAUAUUUGAAUGGCAAAAAUUCACGAAGCACUCAAACCAAUUCAGUGGCUUAUUGGUUCCUGGGAAUCCGUUAGUGCUAAAGGACAUUUUCCCACGAUAGAACAGUUCACAUACAAUGAAGUGCUGAAAUUUGAAUCUAUCGGGCAACCACUAUUGAAUUAUGAAGCUCGUUCAUGGAACCCGAAGUCAGGUGCCCCUAUGCACCUAGAAACUGGGUUCUUGCGUAUUCGACCUGGUACAACUCAACUAGCGUUUAUGGUAUCUCACAAUUUUGGCCUUACUGUACUGGAAGAGGGUUUGGCACAUGAAAAUGGACUAGAAUUGGAAUCCAAAAAUAUCAAUCGCAUGUCUUUCGCGAAGGAUCCUGCCGUAAAAGCCUUAAAAAAGGUAUUCAAGCUGCAUGAGAAUGGAACAUUGGAGAUUCGAACCGACAUGGAAACUGAAAACACUGCUUUAACCAAUCAUCUUACGGCAAUUUACAAAAAGGUGACAAAACGAUUUAAUUUCGACUAAGGUAAGUAAUAGUAGCUGUAACCAUCGGCGUUGCUGGCAAUAAACCAUUGUGAGUUCUGCUGCGUAGUCGACACCUGACUAACAGAGUUGUUGUUGAGGUCCAUAUUGAGUACUGUCGAUGGUGCAGCCAGCGGUGGUGCUGAAGGAGGCGGCUGAUUGUACAUAGGCAUAUCAUAAUAAUACUCAGGAGCCUGAGGUGAUGGUGUUGUUGGGUAUUGCAGUUCUCGUUGAAGAUGCCGAAUAUAUUGAAUGGCUAGUCUGAAA